CACAAAGGACGGUAGAUGAGACUAUACCUGUGUAAGUUUUAACGGCUUCAAUUCAAACGUCGUUUUUCUCAUACAGAAACUGUCGCUAGUGAAAAUAGAAAUAAUGGCAAAUCCAUGGACUGUAUUUAAGCACGAUGGAUUCAGUUUUAUUGGUGGGUUACAUGACAGGAAGGCAGUAAAGGAUAGACGCAUAGAUGCAUGGGAUAUCCGAGAAGAUGACGUCAUCAUCACAACGUUCCCCAAAUCCGGGACCACUUGGAUGUUACGACUUGUUUCUGAAAUGUACCCCGAUUUACAUUGGCAGCUUAAGCCCACAAAUCUAGCUGCCAGACCGUGUUAUUUUUAUGAGGAUGCAGAUUUACUCUCCGGGAUUUACGCAGUUCACGUCAAAGCAGUGCAGACGACGUUGCACGAAAUGCCUUCACCUCGAUUGAUGUACUGCCACGCACCAGUCGAAUUCUUUCACUCGGCGUGGAGGGAGAACAGUACCAGAUGUAAAGUCAUCUACAUUACUAGAAACCCGAAAGACGUGUGUGUUUCCAUGUUUCAUUAUCUGAAUUCUGACAGGAAGAAUUGGACAUGGGAUGAAUUUGUGACGCGCUUUGUCAAUGGGGACGUUAUUUUUGGUCCUUGGACGAAUCACGUGAUCGGUUGGAAACGUUUCGGAAUUGAGGAUGGCGUGCUGCAUGUGAAAUAUGAAGACAUGAAAACAGAUCUUAAGUCAGUCAUAUUGAAAAUAUCUCAGUUUCUCUCUCGCCCAAUUGACGAGGAUCAACUUAAUCGAGCUUUAAAACGAAGUUGUUUUCGAUCAAUGAAAGAGGCUGGAGACGAUGUGAAUUUAAUGCCAUGCAGAGACGAAAACUCUUGGUGGGCAGGUGGUCCGUCGUUCCGUAAUGGCCGUGUUGGAGACUGGAAAUCCCAUUUCACUGUUUCACAGAAUGAAAUGUUUGAUCAGAGAAUAUCAGAAAUAAUGAAGGAGAAUUGUACCAAACUAACAUAUGAAUAAUAACUAGAAGUCCCCCAACAAUGAAUAUUCAUAUCAACAGUAAAUCAAUUUCUUGUCUUAAAGACGAUGAAUUUUCAAAACAAAAAACAGUUGAGAUUAUUAUUGCAUUAUUAUUGCGGAAAAUUAGGGUCAUUGGGAUAUAUAUUAAAAGCUAAUACUAGUCAUAG